AUGUCUGUAUCCUCACUCUCUGCUACUUCCUUCCGGGCACUCUCCUCCUGCUCAAGACGCAGCUCCUCGGCUCGUCAUGUAGUCCCCCAUGCAUCGUCACGACCUGCAGCGCUGCCUUGGAAUGGUAGAAUAUGCUCACGAAGAGCCUACUCGCAAAACCCGAAUCCGACGCAGCAAACGUCCUCAGGAAUUCGGGACAAGUCCGCGGUCGGCGUGUUCACUCCCAAGGCUGCUGCGCUGUUUGUAGUAACAGGAGCGGCGCUGUUCUUCUACUUCCAGAGCGAAAAGGAGAAGUUGCAGGAGCAACGGCGCAAAGAACGAGAGGACCAAGCAGUCGGGAGGCCGCAAGUCGGCGGUCCGUUCACCUUGACCACGCACAAGGGAGAGACAUUCACGGAGAAGGACUUGGUGGGCAAAUGGAGUCUCAUCUACUUCGGUUUCACAAAUUGUCCCGACAUAUGUCCCGAGGAGCUUGACAAGAUGAGUGCAGCAGUUGACACGCUCGACAAGGAAUAUGGUCCUAUCGUCCAGCCCAUCUUCAUCUCCGUCGACCCCGCGCGUGACACCGUCUCCCAAGUCGCGCGCUACGUCUCCGAGUUCCAUCCCCGGCUCAUCGGCCUCACAGGGGACUAUCCGACGCUCAAGGCGACCUGCAAAGCGUAUCGCGUGUACUUCUCGACGCCUCCUAACGCCAAGGCCACUGACGACUACCUCGUCGACCACUCUAUUUUCUUCUACUUCAUGGACCCGAACGGGCAAUUCGUCGACGCGUUCGGCAAGGCGAGCACUGUGUCGGAUGUCGUCGAGCGGGUGAAGAAGGAGAUCACGCGUUGGGAGGGUGAGACAGGCCGCAAGGUAUAAGGUGGGAGCUGGAGGUCACAGAGUGAGGGAGCGGCAGGCGAGGACUUCGACAGUACUUUACGUUCGUACAUGGAACUAGGCGUUCCAUAACAGUAGUAUAUCUCCACUCAUCAGACGGGUUGUUCAGCCAUGGCACUCGCUAUGUAGCACGAUUCUCCUCGUUCGGCCGAAGUGACACAAAGUUGCGAUGGCGAGAAAGCAGGGAAAGCAGAAUGUAUGUUGAAGGUCUAGUACAUCACUCCACUUCAGCCGCAGCGAGCUUGCGUUUCGAGAGCUCCUUCAUCCGGCGAAGGUAGUCCUCGUACUGACACUUCUCGUAUGCGUGCCUCUCGUUCUCACAUUCCCACGGAAGGUAAAGCUUGUCCUUCCGGCAGACGUUCAGGGGGAUAAGCAGCGCAGAGCAUUGGUCCCUCCAGGCUAUAGGCACCUUGGCGGCCUUGAGCUCUGUUUGAGACGCCGUGGUCGAGGAGGUCAUGGUGGUA